UGUGGAAGUGGAAAAAUGUUAUACUUCCUGUAAUAUUCCACAUGGCAAGUUAGAAAUAAAAAAACAAUUUUGUGAUUCUCAAGAGGAAUCGAUAUUUGAACUUUUGCUGAAGCUUAAGUUGCAGUUGUUAUUGUUAACAAAUAGGCAGUGUAGGUAGAAUUGACCCAUUAUUAUAUAUUUUAUUUGCUGACUAACAUACUAAAGUAACAUUUAAUCUAUUUGCAUGCAUAGCCUAUAGGCUAGCACCCUCCAAAAUCCUGUUCUUCAGUGUAACAACCUCUGGCUAAUACUGACUACCUCCUGUCAAGAUCAGCUGUUUAUACCAUUUUUGUCUGCAGGAAGGUUCUCAUGUAGAAGAUGCUUCUCAUUGUUGAGCCAUAAGAAUUUGCAAAAUGCUUGGUAGCUUGUCUCCCUCCUGUGAUGCUGAUGAAUCAUUUUCUUUUCAGGACCGUGCAAGCAGAUUUGUGUGUGGCCAAUCUGGCUGUAAUGUUGAAUGGCCUUACGAGGAGGUUUGUAAAAUGGCUCUAUUGACCCCUGAAGAAAUGAGGGAAUUCGAAAUUAAACUGGCCUCCAAUGCAGCCAGCUGCUACUUAUCUAUCAAAUCAUGUCCUGGAUGCAGAUCUUCAGUCAUGAGAAAGAAUGAAUCUAAUCUGAGGGUCCGCUGCACAGUGUGCACAACCAACAAAGGACGGACCUUUGAGUUCUGCUGGCAGUGCCUGAAGGAGUGGAAGGGUCCAGCUCCACGUUCAGACCGCUGUGACAAUCAUGGCUGCUGCAAUGAGGAUCUAAAACUAUUGAGAGAAUGUUCAGAUAUAAGCUUUGAAUACUUUGAUUCUGUGAAGGGGAUCAAGGGAUGUCCCUCAAUCCGAUCCUGCCCAACAUGUGGGAUACUGGUGGCGCACGACGGAACAAAGUGUAAAAAUGUUGUCUGUUCCCGAUGUAAGGUGGAGUUCUGUUUUGUGUGCCUGAAGCUCACUACAGAGUGUCGGAAAAUAAAUCCGGAAUAUUUCACACACUGCUCCAGUGGUGUUGCACCUAGACAGACAUCCAUACCGGUGUGGCAAAAAAAAUAAUGUGAACAGCACCAACCUGUAUAUGCUUAUGCUUUUUUAUGUAAAAAUGACUUGCAUGUAUACGUGUGCCUUUGCUGGUGUUAGGUAUUUUUAGUCAGAUAGACAUUGGUUAGACACUUCAUGUAUUAGAAAUGUUUAGUG